AGCGAUAAGUGAAUACGUGAAUCGUUGUCAGCAAUGUAUACAUUUGCGUGAGUCAAGGAGAAUUUUGUGUACUGUAUAAUGAAUUUUUGACGUGGAAUAUCAAAAAGCAGGCGAAAAACGAAUUGCCGAAGAAGAGAUUUAAUAUUUUAAAGUGAGAAAUCAGCGGUGUGCCGCGAUUUCCAAAGACAAAUAUUCUAUCAUGUAUAGGUUAAAAUGGGGACAGGCUAUUUUGGCCCUAAUAUUAUUGUUAAUUGAAGUUCAAGGAUUUUAUGUCCCAGGUGUUGCACCUGUAGAAUUCAAGAAAGGACAGAAAAUUGAUGUAAAGGCUGUUAAAAUGACUAGUACACAUACCCAAUUACCGUACGAGUAUUAUUCGUUGCCCUUUUGUUUGCCAAAAAAUGGAACGUUAUUUUAUAAGUCCGAAAAUUUGGGAGAAAUUUUGAGAGGCGACAGAAUUGUCAAUAGCCCGUACGAGGUUGCUAUGGGACAGAAUAUGUCAUGUCGCCUUCUUUGCCAUACUCCAUCAAAUCCAAUGACAUGGAAAGAGGAUGAUUCGGUUCUUGUUAUGGAGCGUAUUAUAUACGAAUAUACCGUUCAUUUGUUGAUAGAUAAUUUACCAGCAGCUACAAAGGAGAAGCAUGAAAAAAAUACAAUUGUAUAUCAUGGAUAUCGAUUAGGUGGUGUUAGUGGUAAUCAAGUAUAUAUUAAUAACUAUUUGAAAUUAAAAUUAAGUUAUCAUAAACAUGGAGAAAAUGAGUUUAGAGUCGUGGGUUUUGAAGUUGAAGCCCUUUCGAUAGACUUUACGCAAUUACAAUUUGAAGGCAGUACAUGCAAAAUACCUACUCAAGAGCCAAAUUUACAAUUCGUUAAUCCAAAGGGCACACAAAUAUUAUUUUUAUACUCGGUUGAAUGGAAAGAAUCUCAAGUGAGUUGGGCAAGUAGAUGGGAUAUUUAUCUUGGAAUGAGCGAUGUCGAAAUUCAUUGGUUCUCUAUAAUCAAUUCUUUAAUUGUCGUUUGUUUCUUAUCAGGAAUUUUGACAAUGAUUAUUAUUAGAACCUUGCGUAGAGAUAUCGCUAGAUAUAACGCAGGUGAAAAUGACAGUAUCGCUGGCCUGGAUGAAACGAUCGAAGAGACUGGCUGGAAGCUCGUUCAUGGGGAUGUUUUCAGGCCACCAACGAAUUCUCGACUAUUUGCUGCGGUCAUUGGUAGUGGAAUACAAAUAUUUUUUAUGGCUUUAAUAACAAUUUUUUUUGCUAUGCUGGGUAUGCUUUCACCAGCGAGCAGAGGUGCUCUUGGAACGUGCGCAAUAUUUUUAUAUGUUUUCUCAGGACUUGUGGCGGGCUACUUUUCUGCUAGGUUAUAUAAAACAAUGAGGGGCAAAGAAUGGAAAAGAGCGGCAAUGUUGACUGCAACCUUAUAUCCUGGAAUUGUAUUUGGCACAUGUUUUUUCUUAAACUUUUUCAUUUGGGGCAAACAUAGUUCAGGGGCAGUUCCCUUUACUACUAUGUUAUCUUUGCUCUGUCUUUGGUUUGGUAUCUCAUUACCUCUUGUAUACCUUGGUUAUUUCUUUGGCUUUCGGAAGCAGCCAUUUACUCAUCCAGUUCGAACGAAUCAAAUUCCUCGUCAAGUUCCUGAUCAAGUUUGGUAUAUGAAUCCCAUUUUAAGUACCCUCAUGGCCGGAGUUUUACCAUUUGGUGCUGUCUUUAUAGAGUUGUUUUUUAUUCUAACAGCAUUAUGGGAAAAUCAGUUUUAUUAUCUCUUUGGCUUUUUGUUCCUAGUUUUUUGUAUUCUAGUAAUAUCGUGUUCCCAGAUUUCAAUUGUUAUGGUAUAUUUUCAACUAUGCGGAGAAGAUUAUAGAUGGUGGUGGAGAAGUUUUAUUGUUAGCGGAGGUACAGCGGUUUAUGUUCUAGAUUAUUCAAUUUUUUACUUUAUGACAAAAUUAGAAAUAACAGAACUUGUUCCAACACUUAUGUAUUUUGGUUACACUGCCUUAAUGGUACUCACGUUCUGGCUGUUAACCGGUACCAUUGGUUUCUUCGCAGCAUAUGUAUUCAUAAGAAAGAUUUAUGCUGCCGUUAAAAUAGACUAGUCAAAUUAAUUGACGCUAAUAGCCAGUCAUAUUCAGUCUGCCAAAAAGAUAUCUGUGAAAAUAUUCUAGUUUAAUUUAUUACAAUUUUUUUGUUUGCUUGUAAAAAAAUUGCAAUAAUAAAUUGUGUUUUCAGGGCAGAAAUUUACCACACACGCAAAUGGAAUUAAUUGCUAUUAGCUCUUGUAAAUUAACUGAUUUAUUUUAUUAAAUAAUUGCAUAUAAUUUUAAGUUACAGA